AUGACUAAAUGGCUGAUAGAGUAUUUGCCAAGAAUUGGAAAUAUAUCGAUAAUAAUAGAAAGUUCCCAGGGAAAGAAGAUCCAUAUUGAUGCCAUUGAUUUAGAUGGGAUACAUGCUAAGGUAGGUGGCGAACCUAUCAGAAUUCCUUUUGCUGCUAAAGUUACUUUGAUAUAUAAUAAAGAGGAGGAAGAAACGUUAUGUUCCCAAGAAUUUAAUGAAGUUGCACAUUUUAAAUUACAAUAUUCUGACUUGAGUACUAAUAAAAACAGCAUCUCUUUAAUGAAUGAUGAUCUGAAUUGGAAAUGGUCUAAAAAGGAAUUACUUGCUAUGAAAAACUUUUCAUUUGGGUGUAUUGAUUGUGGCAACGUCAUAUUUGAAAGUGAUGAUAACUGCCGUAAACUAAAUAUCAUGCCAUCCGAAUUUUGGGCUGAACUGAUGGAUAAUUGGCAUUGUCAUAAACCUAGUGAGAAUAAUGAUUCAGAAGGGAACAAUUUAAAUGCUUCCUUCCUCAAAUAUAGUCAAUUGAAACCGAAUAACUUCGAGAUUCUAAUCGGAAACUCAUUUUUCAUUUGUAACUCUGCUACUUUGAACUCAAAAGUAAUAAUCGAUUCAAAAUUAAAUAUUGUGGGUUGCAAGAAUUGUAACUCCAUAAUUGGAGAAAUUAAUCAAGAUAAAUUAUGCCAAAUAUUCAAAUGGAAACUGCUGUUAAAUGGGGAAGAUAAAUAUCCCAUAUAUAAGCAUGUUAUAUCUCAAAUUUUAAACAUAGUUGACAGUACGUCAAGUCGACACAUUUUACUACAAAUAGAAGACUCUACAGAGCAAAUAUAUAUUUGGGCUUUUUCUAUAAAUACAAUGGUAGCCGCUACAAAUUAUGUGGAGUGUAAUAAUUCUAUUAAGAUAUUAUAUAAGGACUUUGAAGAUGACGCCGAUCUUAACUUCCAAAUAAAGAACACAAAUGUAGAAAAAAUAAUAACAAAAUUGGAUGCAUUUAAAGCAUUUGUUGAAUAUCUUAGUGAAUCAAACUCUAACCUUCCAUCCACUGUGAAGACUUGGGGCAAGUGGAAAGUAUCAUAUUUACCAAUAUAA